AUGCGCGGCGAAAUCUGUCAUCUUCACCUAGGCCAAGCCGGUACCCAAUUGGGUAAUGCUGCCUGGGAGCUUUAUCUGCUCGAGCACGGCCUGAUGCCCAAUGGACGUCUAGAUACCAAUCUUGCCGAAGAAAUUGGCCGGGGCGGCUCUUAUGAGACCUUUUUCACUGAGACCGACAACGGCAAAUACGUCCCACGCUCGAUCUUUGUUGAUCUUGACCCUUCUCCUAUUGACGAGAUACGCACUGGCACCUACCGCCAUCUGUUCCACCCUGAGCAGUUAAUAAGUGGAAAAGAGGACGCGGCUAACAACUAUGCUCGUGGUUAUUACACUAUCGGCAAGACGCUCGUAGAUGACGUUGUUGACCGGGUUCGCCGGGUGGCCGAUAAUUGUUCUUCUCUUCAAGGUUUCCUGAUCUUCCGUUCCUUUGGUGGGGGAACAGGCUCUGGUCUUGGCGCACUCUUACUCGAGCGUCUUUCCACUGAGUAUAGCAAAAAAUCGAAGCUGGAGUUUGUUGUUUACCCGUCCCCCUGCGUGGCGACUGCCGUGGUGGAACCAUACAACGCCGUCCUUUCUACACACAGCACCAUUGAGAACUCUGACUGCUCUUUUCUCGUUGACAAUGAGGCCGUCUACGAUAUAUGUAAGCGUAACCUGGACAUCCCUCGCCCUGGAUAUGACCAUCUCAACCGUCUUGUGGCCCAGGUCGUUAGUUCUAUUACCUCCAGCUUGCGUUUCAAUGGCGCCCUCAACGUCGACUUGAACGAGUUUCAGACAAAUCUUGUGCCAUUCCCACGUAUUCACUACCCUCUUAUCUCAUAUGCUCCUGUCAUAUCUAGCAACAGAAGUGGCCACGAGAGCUUCAAAGUCAAGGACCUCACUAUGCAGUGCUUCGAACCGAAAAACCAGAUGGUCGUAUGCGAUCCUCGCAAAGGCAAGUAUAUGGCUGUUGCUCUUCUGUACCGUGGUGACGUCGUGCCUCACGACUGUACGCAGGCUGUGGCUGGCAUCAAGGCUAAGGCUUCUUUCAACUUGGUUGAGUGGUGCCCAACGGGCUUCAAGCUCGGGAUUAAUUACCAAAGUCCUACGAGUGUGCCUGGUAGCGAGCUUGCUCCUGUCAGCCGCUCGGUUACUAUGCUCUCCAACUCCACCGCUAUUGCCGCAGCCUGGAAUCGUCUUGACCACAAAUUCGACCUCAUGUACUCCAAACGUGCUUUCGUCCACUGGUAUGUGGGUGAGGGUAUGGAGGAGGGUGAGUUCUUCGAGGCUCGCGAGGACCUGGCGGCCCUGGAGAAGGACUACGAGGAGAUCGCCGGUGAUACUGUCGGCUCAGACUGGGAAGUGGAUCUUGAAUUCUGA